AUGGGUGGCACCCCUUGGCACUCGAAAGGGUGUAUGACAUGCCGAAAACGCAAAGUCAAGUGCGACGAACAAGAGCCAGAAUGCGCCCGAUGCGUCAAGCGUGGUGUCAAAUGCCCCGGAUACGAAAAGACCCGCAUCUUCGUCCACCAUCCAUCGGCGCGACGAGAGACGGCGAGGGUGAUAGUCCCAAUCACCGAGUCUCAGUAUCAGGUCGAGUAUCAAAGUCCAUAUCAAGCCCAUAUUCAAAAUCAAUAUCCAGCCCAAUGUCAGGACCCGGCACGAGCAUUUGUGAUGCCCAGCAACGUGACCUCUGGACCAGUAGCGCGCGAACAGGUUUUCUCAUCCUUCACCAAUGUCUUCUUCAGUCACACCGAGGAGAUCUCCUCGCUGAAUCUUUGGCAAUACCUAAUCUACAAUUUUGCAACCCUGCCCAACAAGACGAAUAUGCUUGAGAGGGCGAUAUCUGCGGUAUCUUGUCUUUACAUGGGAAAGAUGAAUAAUGAUGAUCAUAUGUAUAACUAUGGGCUUGACUUGUAUGGAACUGCAAUCCGGAGUGUGAAGAACAACAUUUAUCGAAAUGCUUGGAAUGCGGAAAUUGUAUAUACUGCUGUUAUCUUUCAGGAGUUAGAGGGGUACUGCUGUGCCUUUGAUCUCAGAGCGUGGCUGGCUCAUACUCAGGGAACAAGUACACUAUUGCGGUAUUACCGGGAUCUUUUACCUCGGAAUCCCCUUCUCGACGCCAUUUACAACCAACACCAAAAGAUGCGGCUGAUUAUCGCGACUUCGGGCCUUAACACUACAGAGGACGAAUAUCAAUAUGCGAAACAAUCAAGUGGUGGGAUCUCAACUCCAUUGUCCGAACUACUCGCAGUCUACGCAGAAUUUGGGCCUCUUUCUACCGUCCUCAACACAAUUUCCGCCAAUGACCACGAGGGGUGUGAAACUCUACUUCAAAACUGCUUCAAACAAAAAACUAGAAUCACAGCGUGGUUUUCUCAGUAUGGCUACGCAAGAGGCUUAAUCGUGUGCGCCCCUGAUGAAUGCAAAACCGACGAACUGCCCCCAACAGAGGAUUUGUUCGGCGCGGGUUAUCGGUUCUCCACACUCGAUAAUGCUAGGAUGCAUCAUUGGUACUGGAAUGCCCUGGCGACCAUUCAGCCCAUGAUCUAUAAAGCCAAAUCGUUGGUUCGAUCUCAUCCUCUCACACCCGAGAGCGACUCUGGCAAAGUACCGGCCAGAGACGAAGACCAUCGGCUAUCAGAGUACUAUGCCGAUGAAAUUUGCCGGACGAUUCCGUACUAUGCAAACGAUACGAAAACACUCUGCGGAAUCCGCAUGUUGAUGUUCCCCUUGAGCGGGGCCAUCAAGGUCUAUAUCGGGCUCGGACAUCGGGAGAAGUUCCUCUGGUGUCAGCAUGCCCUUCGCCUUAUUUCAAAUCGUGGUCUGAGCUCUUCACGCCGUUUGAGUGAAAUGUACUGGAAUAAUUGGAAUCACAGAACGAAUGAAUUGUGGCCUGUUCCUUGUCGAUCUCUGCGUGAUGAAAUGUUGUCGUUUGAGCUCUCGACGAAGCACAAGGAGGAGGUGUUUGACGUGGGACAGACGCUUGAAGAAUCCAGAAAGAAUGAAGCGGCAAGGUCGAUCCCGGUGUUAAAGUCGAGUAAGGUGGUCAAACCGGCUGAGACGCACCAGGCUGACAAGGUCCCAAAUCCACGCGAGAAGCCAAGACCCCGCGAAGAGCCUAAGACCAAGGACAAGGAACAGCCACCGGUUCAAAGCCAGAUUCGAUUUAUCCAAGAAGUUAUUAGAGUUUAA